AUGCCCAACGCCUCUUCCUGGAGUGCUAGCUCGCCUCUGCUGCUGCUCUGGGAGGACUCCUCCGGGACCCGCAUCUUCCUGUCGCUGCUCUAUGCAGUCUUAGCUAUCUCAGGGACUUUAUCCAAUGUAAUGGUCAUCUAUUUAGUCUUCUCCUUCAAGAAGCUGCAGACAACCAGUAAUGCCUUCAUUGUGAACGGCUGCGCGGCAGACCUAAGCGUGUGUGCCCUGUGGAUGCCCCAGGAGGCUGUGCUGGGGCUGCUGCCUCCCAACUCCUCCUCCCUUCGCUCAACAGAGUACCGGCUACUGCGAGGGGGGCUCCUCGGCCUCGGCCUCACCGUCUCCCUGGCCUCUCACCUGCUGGUGGCCUUCAACAGGUACGUGCUCAUCACCAAGCUGCCCAGCGUGUACCAGGCCCUCUACCAGCGGAGGCACACGGGCUGCAUGAUCGGGCUCUCCUGGGCCCUCGCCCUGCUCCUGGUCCCGCUGCUGCCCGGGCUCUGGACCCCGGGCUCUGCCCAGCAGCCGCCCCCGCGGCAGACGGACGGCAGCUCUCGCUACACCGCCCUGCUCCUCGCCCUGGCCGUGCUGGGCCAGACCGCGCUGUUGCUCCACUGUUACCUGGGCAUCGUGCGGCGGGUGCGGGGCAGCGCCAAGCGGGUCAGCGUCCUCAACUUCCACCUCCUUCACCAGCUGCCCUUCCCCGCCGCCCCGCCGCCGCCCCGCCGCGCCCAGCGCCGCCUCAGCAGCGUCUCCGUCCUGCUGCUCUGCUGCGUCUUCCUCCUGGGCACCCAGCCCCUGGUGUGGGUGAGCCUCCUGGGUUUCUUCCUGCGGCCGGCGCCGCCGGCGCUGCAGGCCGCCAGCUGGCUGCUGCUCUGCUCCCUCUCGGCCCUCAACCCCCUGCUCUACACGUGGCGCAGCGAGGAGUUCCGCCGAGCUGCCCGCUCCGUCUUGCCCCGCGGCGAGGGCCCCGCCGCCCCCUCGCGCCCCGCCGCUGCCGCCGGCCCCGCCGCCGCCCCGCCCUGCCCGCAGCUGCCGCGGCGCCGGGGGACGGCGGGCAGCGCCAGUGCCGCCGCCGCGCCGCGCUGA